UCUUUCGACACAUUGACUCUUUGACAAAAUGUGAGCUUCGGCCACGCUUACUGCGGUUGUAUAUAAUAAGUAAGCAAAGGCAAAAGGGAAAAAUAGGAAAUAGAAAUGACUUAGCGUAGGUUGCUCCGAUGGCAAUGAGCAAAAAGAGUUUACUUAGACGUCAGCUACUGAACUAAACGAACGUGCGCAGUGAAUAAAGGAAAAAGUUAAGAACCAAAAAGUGAAUUAUAACGCAAAAGUGAAAGAAUAAAUCUAUUGUACGAGUAUUGUAAAAGUGAAAACUAUAUUUUGUAGCUAAAAUUAGAGACUAUAUUUUGCAAUUAAAGUAACAACAACAAGCAAUUUUUUAUGCAAUUUUUUUUUUGUUGAGCUGUGGCCACAACUAAAACGAUUAGCUAAGAUGAAUCAAGUGAGUAAAUUGCUCCAAAAAUGUAAUGACAUCCAAGUCUUCGCAGAAGGGUGUUGCAAUUCGAGAAUGGCGGAUAAUGAGCCACUCCUGCAGCAAACAAGCAACAACUCUACGAUAAUACUGGACAAACAAAGCUCAACCACCAUGACCACGUCCAGUUUCUCGAGUGAUGAAGCCGCACUUGCCGAUCACUAUGCAUUGGACAUUAUUAAGGGUCAUUUUCUGCGUGAUUUUGAUGUGCGAGACGUCUUGCCGUGCUUACAAGACAUCUUUAGCAAACCGGAAGAACAAUAUAUAAAUGCACACCUUCAAUGCGAUAACGAGUGCACGCAAAAUGACAUCACCGAUAUUCAAGAUGUGCUCGGCGAGGAAAAGGCUUCACGUCUAUUCGCCGUAUUGCGCAACAAGAAUUAUGCACAAAUACGCAAAUUUAUGGAAGUUUUGAGUAGUGACUAUUUAUGGCUAGUGAGUCAUUUCGACAAUGUGAAUAAAGUGGACCAUAGUAAUUAUGUGGAUUUAGUACACUCUCUGCAUUCAAAAGUUAGCCUUAAAUAUGAAGAUUACAAUGUACAUCGUUCGAUGCCGUUCCGCAAAUUACGCAAAGCUUUACUCACCAUGCCAAUGCAAGGUCGUGUAAUAUUAGCCAGCGACUUCGGUUAUGGCAAAAAAUGGCUCGCAGUCGACGUAUGCACUGAUUUUGAUGUUGCCCUAGCAAUGAAUUUUCAAAUAUAUUGGAUCGAUAUGAGCGAAUGUACGAGCGCAUUGGAUGAUCUACGUAUGUUACGUUAUCUGAAACUUUUGCUAACCCAAUCGUCACGUUCACCCUCACCGGCCGGCUAUGGUUCAUUAGAACGUCCAGACCAAAAUGCAAAGUCAUUUAAAAAUUCAAUAGAUGAAUAUAAACAUCUGGUUGGCCAAGAGUUGAGGAAGAAUUCGCAUGAAAAGUGCCUUGUCGUACUGGUGAAUGUACGAAAUACGCAUGCGCUAGAAGUCUUCGAUUUGCCAUGCAAAUUACUUGUACUCACACGCAGUAAAAAGGUUAGCGACUCAUUUGCGAAAAAACGCAGCACAACAAUACGUUUGACAAACGGUCUGACGCGUGCGGAAUUUUAUAUGCUCUUCGAAAAAUAUCUGGGGCAACAGAAUUUGUUGGAAAAGUAUGAUUUGAUUUAUGCGCACAGCAAUGAACAUCCAUACUUGCUCAGUUUGAUCGGGCAGAGCUUACGUCAAAAUUUGGCUAAUUUGCAGGAUUGGAUCGACAAAUUGCGCGAAUCAAAAUUUGUUGACGAUAAAUUCAAUGCAGCGAUUGAAAAGAGUCUCGACAGUUUAGAACCGGAGUUGAGAAAAGCAUUUAUGAAAACAUUCAGUUGCUUUCCGCAUGCCAUUUAUGUGCCACAAAGGCUCAUCGCUGCGCUCUGGCCUGCGGGUAAGUGUGAGAAAGACUUGGAAAAGUUAUAUCGCCAUGGCUUUCUGGAAAAGUUUAUUUCACCACAUGUUGAGAUCUGCUAUAAGCAACUCUUUGUUUAUGGUAAAACAAAGCAAAAUGAUGAAGUGUCAGCGGCUGAUAUGACGGAUAUGCAUAAAAAACUGCUUAAUUAUUAUCAUCUAGUUGAAGAUCUGGCGGCGCGUAGCGAAGUUUUGCCAUUUAGGCGUGAUGUGCAUGACUUCUACUUCUUCUCUUGUAUUGGUUAUCAUAUCAAUAAGUCUGGACUCACCGACUAUUUUCGUCAGCUGUAUUUGGAUUUUGGUUUUCUGGAGCAAAAAAUACGCAAUGUUGACUUGCUAAGCACCAUUGCCGAUCUAGAAACAUAUCAAGAGUAUAUUGCGGUUGAUUUGGAGACACGUAAAUUACUACGUGCAUUACUAAAAUUUUUACCCAAUAUCGAGAAGACACUGCAGGAGUCAAGCAACACAACACUUCUGCAAUGCGCCUUCAUGGAGGACGAUUUAGUUGGCAUUGAGGCGCGCAAACAAGCGGCCGCUUUUCCAAAUUUCGCUUGGUUUGAACAACACGGCUGUAUUCAUCAACGCCAAAAUAUUGUACCACUGCCAAGUGCACCGAAAAAAGUCCUACUACUCGAUCAAGAGCGUUCGCUAAUUGCUUUGCAAGAAAGUUCAGCAAUUUUGCUGAUCAACAUAACCUUUGAUUGGAAUACUUAUACUGUGAAACUCAAGGAGCCGACGCGCGGCAAAUCAAACGUGGUUGAUAUACGCUUUUUCCGUGACAAUAAUUCAUAUAUUUUGUUAGCGUUGUACGACAAUGGCAAUAUGAAUGUUUGGUCGCUACAGGGUGAUUGCACUAUGUACCGGCGCAGGUCUCACUCUUUUGCGCGUCCAGCAGAAAAAGAAAUCGAGUGCCGGAAUUUCAUACCCAUCGAUCAUUUGCUGAAGCCUAUAACAGCUUUUGAUUUCACCUACGGUGUUAACACUAAUCCGUCCAAUUUAUAUUUGGCUUAUAAAACCGGUGAAAUUAGAUGUAUUGAUUGGAAUAGCGAAAAUGAGAUCUUCGUGCCUGCACCAUAUCCGUGUUUGAAAACCGGCAUGCCGGAUAUAUGUCUACUACGCAUCGUGUUCAGUCGUAACUAUAUAGUGUGCAACAAAGCGGGUGACAUAUGCAUUUUCGAUGUGGUGGACUACUCGCAUCUACGUGGCAUCGAAACAUUCAAACACCUAAUCGACACCAUCGAACUAACACGCAAUGAGUUGCUGUUAAUUUGUCGCCGUUGCAUUGUGCAUUUUACAAGCAAGUCUAUAAAUGAAACUGGCGAGCCGAACUAUCUGUUACAAGAGCGCGACCUAACAGCCGAUGAUGCGCAUAAUGCCAUCAAUUGCGCCAAACUAUUGCACAUCAACGGCCAUAAGCAACUGCUAUUGGGCACCAAGACGGGUCUCAUAAUGUUCGACAUCGAAACGCGUACAAAAGUUUUGACGACAAACGUGAAUGAAGAUAUCACCUGUGUGGAUAUACAGCUAGUGGAUGUGGUUAAGAACAAAUAUAUCGUGGCGUGUGGCUCCAACGCGCAUAAGUUCUUAAAUCUGUUUGCGUUGCGCACCAAUGCCGCUGGCAGACCGCUGCUCAGCUGGUCGGGUAGUUCAAAAACAUUACGCACGAAGCAGCCGUAUCUGGACUUACAGAUGCCACCAUAUGUGUCGUUGAAGGGCGGCAAAUUGUAUACGGCGCAAUAUGUGCAUGAUGCGCCGACCCUGCUAGCGGUCGACUCCCAUAAUCAGUUACAUGAAAUUGAUGCCAGCGGCCAUUCGCGUGUAUAUGAAAGAGCGCCAGACAUCAUCACUGCUAUUACACAAUAUGGUGAUCGGUCAUUUAUCGGUUGCGCUAAUGGUGUGCUUGUUUAUUUGAGUUUGCAUGCAACUUCGCCGGCAGCUAUGCAACAGGUGUUUACUGAGCAGCCGAUUGAGUUUUUACAGUUGCUCGAUGAACAUACACUGAUUGUCGCCGGUGCCAAUGAGUUUGUAGUUUUUACAAACUUGAAUUAUGGUGUAUGUAAGCGUUUGCCAAUGCUUGCCAAUAGAGUUAUGUGCUGUUUUCGUCUAAAGGCAGGGCAAAUACUUAUACUUUUUAUCAAUCGUGCAUUUUCGGUUUUGGACGAGAGUGCCAAUUUAAUAUACAAUUACGUUCCGCAAAUACCUGCCAGUAUUGGUGGUUGCGAUCUCCAAAACAACCAACUCUUUAUUGUAACUGAAAACUAUAAAAUCGAGAUUUUCGAUCUUGCCAAGUCGCUGGGUCCCAAACAGCCGGACAUGACCUACAACGGCGGUGAUACCUUUCGCGGCGCACGAGUCAGCUGUAUAGCGGUAUCACGCAAAGCAAACUUACUCGCUGUCGCUUGCUAUACAAUGGACCAUAAUGGCGAGAACGACACAAGCAUACAUGUUUACGAUUGCCAACUACACGCCAAACGCAUCGAUCUGCUCUACACACUCAAUGGUCACUCGCAACGCAUCAAUAGUAUGCGUUUCUCGCCUAAUGCCUAUGUGUUAGUCAGCUGUGCUGAGCAACUAUGCUGGUGGAGCAUGCACAUGGCGGCGUGUAAGCUGAACAAUGCUGUCGCAGACACAACAACACAACACCGACGUAGCGGUUUUACACGCUUCCUCUCCGACAGCAGUGAAGACGAGGAAACGCUUGAAGAGCACAUAAGCGCCAGUAAACUUGCAAGAAUUUUGGAAGAUGUUUCGCUGCAGGCGCGUAAUGACACACGCCCAUCAACCGAUGUCACACCAGUCGAUGAUGUUGUUGAUUUCACUAUGGUGACCGGCGGUGUUGAUGCCAUUUGGAAGAGCAAGUGUGGACCGGCUACAAAUUGUGAAUUGUUGGCAUGUGUGAAAUUUAAUGGCAAUGAGGCGUUGCAGUUUUUCGCCAAUGAAGCGUUCACGAAAUUCCAGACCAUCGACAAUGGCGGCAGUUAUUAUGUGUUGACACUGCAUGAUUUCAAUGCGCCGUUGGAGACGUCCGAAAGCGUCGUUGAAACGUCAAAUGCUGUUGCAGACUGUGAUGUAGUCACUUGACCGCCUGACAGUCGCCUUUGUACGCCGGAGGGGCGUACGAAAAAUCGUUCUGUUGCAAAAGGUGUGGCUGUGAUUGAGAAUGCCGUGUUUCGCUACCAAUUCAUAUAUUUUUUAAUUUAUUUUUGUAUAUUUCACUGCGAUCUCUUUGCAUGUGAUUGCUAACGUUAAAGCUAAUGGUAAAGAAAGUCAAAAGCUCAACGCCAAAAAAGUAAACAAUCAAAUGCUAGCUAUUUUUACAUAUGUAUUUACAUUAAACUAGCGCCAAUAGUUAGUGUAUAAGUAUUAAAGUUUUAAAGACAACACAUGACAACUAUGACGUAACUAUUUUUUAAGUUUAUAUACUACAAAGAAAUAGCAACUUCAGCGUGCAAAAACUAGGUGCCAAAUAGUUUAUUUUUAUGCAGUAAACAAGCUAUUUUCAGUGUGCUGAUUAUGAAAGACACGCUGUAAGUUGACCCAGUGAACAGUUGAGUUGACAGUUUAACUUUUAUAUGUUAAAAAUAACGUAUUCCAAAAAUGUCAAACCAAUUAUUCUUAACAUAGAACUCUAUAUACAUAUGUAUUAUUGACAUAAUUUUUUAUAUAGAUUUUGUGUGAGUUUUUUUUUUCAAUUUUGUAAAGUAUAUUUCUAAAAUCUAAGCAUAGCGCAUUUAUUGUCUAGCAAGUACUGCCACAGUAAAGCAUUUAUAUUCGUGCUUGGUAGCGUUACCAAAGACUGAAACAAACAUGCUAUUUGAAAUUGCGCUUUAUAUGCGUAAAAAUACUAAACUCAAGCCUCAUACGAGUAUAAUAUGUUUAGUGUAAUACAAUUUAUUUUCACUUAAAUCGACAAAAGCUAUAUCAACAUAUUUAUUAUUACAUAUCGUCACCUAAAAUGCAAAAUAACGUAAAAUCACGUUUCAAAAGCCAUAUAAUAAAAAACACUCAUAUUGAAACAAAAUUUGAGCUUUGGUUAUAAAAUGGUUAUACAUAAAUCGGUUAUAAAAUGGUUAUAUAUUGGUUAUAAAAUGGUUAUGUAUCGGUUAUAAAAUGGUUAUGUAUCGGUUAUAAAAUGGUUAUGUAUCGGUUAUAUAAUGGUUAUGUAUUGGUUAUACAAUAGUUAUAUUUUGGUUAUGUAUUGGUUAUAUAAUGGUUAUAUUUUGGCUAUAUUAGUUACGCAUUGGUUAUAUCUGACUGAAAAUUUUAUGCUACAUAUACGUAUUAUGAUGUAGCCAAUCGUAAGCAAUAAAAAACUCAAUUUCGUUUGUUUUGUUGAUAAGUAGCUUUGCAUUUUAGCUGACGAUAUGUAAACACAGGGAUGUUUUUGUAUGCGUGCGAGUUUUUAAUUGCGUCGCAUUUUUAGUGCAAUUUAUAGUUAUGGUUUAUUUGCUAGAAAAAAUCGUUCGUAUUAAUACACAACAGAGAUUAGUUUAUUUACAUAUAUCGCUCAUUUUCUGCAAGACCGCCAUAAGUCAAAAAAAUCGAUUCUCCAGAAAACGCGUUUAAAGUUUUCAACCGACUACAAUCUUACACGGUGACUGCAACCUUACUCAAGCGGAGCAUAUAAGAGGUAUUCAUAUGAAUUUUUCACUUAACAUGAAGUAUGAUAUAACGAACAAU